UCGGUGUGUGUGUAUAUGUGUGUGUGUGACGGAGAGAGAGCGCACCGACAGCGCGCGCGCAAGAGGAGCGCUGUACGGUUGGUAAUAUCUGCGUGGGGGAAAAAAAAAAAAACGAACGUGAAACAAAAUGGUUUUGACAAUGAGCACGCACAGAGACAAGACAACGUAGCGCACUGAAAAGCAAAACGUCAGAUAACACACGGUUGCUGAGGCUGGAAAUUAAAUGGUACAGAAAGGGAUGUCCAGGACGCCUUCCACCUCGACACAGGAAAUCCAGAUGGACAUGUUCGACCACCACGGCUCGCACGCGCAGGGGAAAUACGCAAAGAGGAAGAGUCGUUUUAAGCGAUCUGAUGGCAGCACCUCGUCCGACACAACUUCAAACAGCUUUGUUCGGCAGGGUUCAGCGGACUCCUACACCAGUCGUCCCUCAGACUCUGACGUGUCACUGGAGGAGGAUCCAGAAGCCUUGCGAAAAGAAGCAGACAGACAAGCUCUGGCAACCCUUGAGAAAGCUAAGACUAAGCCAGUUGCAUUUGCUGUGAGGACUAAUGUUGGUUAUAACCCGGGCCCUAAUGAUGAUGUUCCAGUGCAGGGAAUGGCCAUCUCAUUUGAAGCCAAAGAUUUCCUGCAUAUCAAAGAGAAAUAUAAUAAUAACUGGUGGAUAGGACGUUUGGUGAAGGAAGGAUGUGAAGUGGGUUUCAUCCCUAGUCCAGUAAAGCUAGAGAGCACUCGUCAGCUACAGGAACAAAGGAGUAGACAAAACCGCUUAAGCUCCAGUAAGUCUGGUGGGAGCUCCAGUUUGGAUGUUGCCUCAGGAACCCGUAGGCCUACUCCACCUGGAACAGCUGAUAUGUCAGCACUUUAUGAUGAUGCAUCGGACACUGAGGAGGCGGAGCAUGUUGAUGCCCGGGACCGUAAGGGUGUGGCCGGCAGUGUCACGUCCCCUCAGGGCAAUAUACCACGCCUGCCCUUCUUUAAGAAGAUGGAACAUGUUCCUCCAUACGAUGUGGUGCCUUCUAUGAGACCCAUCAUUUUAGUCGGGCCAUCACUCAAAGGUUAUGAGGUAACUGAUAUGAUGCAGAAAGCUCUGUUUGACUUCCUGAAACACAAGUUUGAGGGCAGAAUAUCCAUCACUCGGGUCACAGCAGAUAUCUCGCUUGCCAAACGUUCGGUCCUGAACAAUCCCAGCAAACACACCAUUAUUGAGCGUUCCAGCACCAGAUCCAGUUUGGACGUACUGGCCGAGGUGCAGAGUGAAAUAGAGAGAAUCUUUGAGUUGGCUCGGACCUUACAGUUGGUGGCUCUGGAUGCGGACACCAUUAACCAUCCAUCUCAACUUGCCAAAACGUCUCUGGCACCUAUAAUAGUUUACAUUAAGAUAGCCUCUCCAAAGGUAUUGCAAAGGCUGAUAAAGUCUAGAGGUAAAUCUCAGGCCAAACAUCUCAAUGUUCAGAUGGUGGCAGCAGACAAACUAGCACAAUGUCCCCCUGAGCUCUUUGACAUCAUAUUAGAUGAAAACCAGCUGGAGGAUGCAUGUGAACACCUGGCUGAUUAUUUAGAGGCGUAUUGGAAGGCUACACACCCUCCAAGCAGCAACCCACCAAACCCACUCCUGAACCGCACCAUGGCAACGGCAGCACUUGCUGCUUCACCUGAACCCGUCUCUAACCUGCAGGGGCCAUUUCUCGUGCACAGUGAGCCAAAGAGAGAGGGGUCUGUUGUGGAACGGGCCUGCCCACAGGACUAUCAGACCGAGCUGGGCAGCAAGCAGCCACUGCGCACUUCACGCAGUCAAUUGCAAGCUGGAGGGCGUGGCUUAUCACGACAGGACACAUUUGAUUCGGAGACACAGGGGAGUCGCGACUCAGCCUACACAGAUGACAUGGAAACGGAUCCAUACGAGGAGCCUGAAUCCUGUCGCAGCCGGUUAAACCCUGCCCACCAUGCUCCACGACAGGCAUCCUGGGAGGAUGAAGGGGCAGAACCAGAUCAGGAGAACCUCAACCUAGCACCACCAAUGACCAAUCAGCAUCACCGUGGGCGGGCCCACCUGAGGGAGCGCUACUGUCAAGAUGUAGAAGCCGGUGAGACCACAGUAGGCCGCAAUCAAAACCAGGAGGAGUGGAACAGAGACGUGUAUAUCCGCUAGAGCCAAUACCCUAGAGAGGAGGACAGGGAAGAUAUGGAGAGUACAUGAAGGAUUUAGGGGGAUUCAAAUUUAGGGGGACAAUUGUUGAUGCCUAAAGCUGGAUCUGUUUACAAUCCAUAGAAACCAUCACAGGCAAAUGCUGUACAGUUCAUAUUUCCAUCAUGCGCAUUAUGCCAACCAAGCUUACACUAAUAUUUCAUUUAGCUAAUCUUAUUUAAGGGUAAGGGGAAAGCGAAGACAUGUUUGUUUCCAUUUUAUCUUUGUUUCUAGUUUUUUUGUUGUGUUGUCUUGCAUGAACCCUUAUCAGUAUAAGGAUAAUUCCUAUUUCCAAUGGCAAUGAAGUUAAACUAAGAAAAUAUAUAACCACAAACUUUUGUGUAUGUAUGUGUGGAUGUAAGGGCGCGUGUGUGCAUGGGUGUAUGUAUUUUGUCCUCUGACUGUCUUAAUCAGGGCCUCUGUAUCCCCAGGUAGAAUAUUCUGGUUCCUAAAAUAUCGUUAGUUCAGUACAAUUUUACUUUUAAAUUGAAUUAUCUAAAUUAAAGAUUUAAAGAUCUUUGUUACACAUUCAGCCUUCAGAUACACCAUGUCAGCAGUGCAUUGGAUUUACGCAAUGCAUCACCAGGUAAUGGACAUCAGGAUUUCCCAGGUCAAAAUUCUCUACAAUGAUCUGCCGAUAUUCUUCGUGUAUAUACUUUCUCUAUUUCUUUAGAUAUUAUUUAUUAUGCUUCUAAUGCUAGAAACUGUAUUACAUCAUUUGCCUGAUAUAGCUUUAUUGCUGCUACAUGUUUUUCCAGCCUGUACAGUAAUCUGUGGCUGACACAUUAAUAAAGCCGACCAAUAUUAACUUAUUUGUGAUAGCAGGUAUUAUUAUGCAAGAAAAACUAAACGUUUGAACCGCUUUAUUAAACAUGUUGCGAUUUCCAAUGAGCAUGACCUUUAAACAACUAAGGUUAAACAGGGAUUCUCUGCUACAAUCUUGUAGGCUGACUGCCGAAUACAAUUUCAAUUUCAAUGACAUGAAUUGGAAAUCAAUUGUAUAAAGCACUUUGAGACCUCUAUCAGUGGCUCCUACAGGGGAUUAUGAUAUUUGCCAUGUAAGGAUUUUUUUUUAUGUGGCAUAGUUCCAUCUCCUGUGUUCAUCAAACUUUUUCUGAUGCACUACUGCUAUGGAAAUGAAAAGCUGUCUUCAUAUACAUGCCAAUCACAAAACAAAUAACAAGUGCCAGAAUAUUUCAUGAAGUUACACCCACUACCCUUUGUGGGUUGUCUUAACUCUGUGCCACACAUAAUUUUUUUUGUGUGGAUGUGCUAUAGAAGUGUUACCUUUACUCUUUGUCUACCAGUUAUUUUUGUCACUGUACGGAUAUGAUUGUGUGAUCACACUGCUUUUACAAAUAAAUGCACAGACUCAUAGACACACACAGGCACAAACACACACACAGUAAAACUUCUACUGCCUUUUUCUCCUGCUCCUGCCUUUUGUGUCACUAUCUCUGUGGGCAUUUUAAAACAAAGGUUUUGUGUGUGUGUGUGUGUGUGUGUCUGUGUGUCUGUGUCUGUGUAAAGGGGGGCACUCAAGCAGCUUUUGAUGUGCAGGAAGAGUGUCAGUUAAUAUAUUUGAUGAGCCUGUUUUUACUCACAUAUGUUGCAAAGGGACAUCAUGCUAAUGAUGAACAUCUGAAAAUGUACAAGAAAAUAGCUUAAUAAUGAAUGUUAUUGUUGCGUUAUUGCAAUUGUUAAUAUAUGAAAAAAGAAAAACGUAAUUUUGGUGCCUGAUUGUAGCUACAUUUGCUUUUUUGCCUUCUGUUUUUAAUCUGUGGUUUAAAUCUGUAUUUUAAUUAAAAAUUAAAAUCAGAACUCA